GGAAAAGAUAAAAAAAGUGGUUUCAAUAAUGAGCAAAUGCGCGUGUAGACAAUAAGCAAGAGGACAAUGGAGCUGGACAAACCUUGCCGGUAAAGUUAGUGGCACGUCUCCUUUAAAAUUAUUCCGACUCGCCGUUUCUCUCACAACAAUUCUCUCACAAUUCCACCAUCGCCAUUCGCCACCGUGAAAUCAGAUCAGAAAGAGGUAAUGGCUUCUUCUGGAGACUCAUGGAUCCGGGAGUAUAACGAAGGACUGAAACUCGCAGAUGACAUCACUAACAUGAUAUCUGAAAGGAGUUCAUUGCCUGCUUCGGGCCCAGAAGCGCAGCGUCAUUCAUCCGCUAUAAGGAGGAAGAUCACAAUAUUAGGAACUAGACUUGAUAACUUACAGUCUAUCCUGUCAAAGCUUCCUGAAAAGCAGCCUUUGACAGAGAAAGAGAUGAACCGUCGCAAGGAUAUGCUUACAAAUUUGAAAUCGAAAGUAUCUCAAAUGGCUUCCACAUUGAACAUGUCAAACUUCGCGAAUAGGGACAGUUUGCUUGGACCAGAAAUAAAACCUGCAGAUGCUACGAGCAGAGCAACAGGUCUUGACAAUUAUGGCGUUGUCGGUCUUCAACGGCAAAUUAUGAAAGAGCAAGAUGAGGGCCUUGAGAGUUUGGAGGAGACAGUGAUGAGCACUAAACAUAUAGCACUGGCAGUUAACGAAGAACUUGGUUUGCAAACAAGACUUAUUGAUAGCCUGGACGAACAUGUUGAUGUUACAGACUCAAGACUUCAGCGGGUGCAGAGAAAGCUUGGAAUUUUGAACAAACGCACAAAGGGUGGUUGCUCUUGUAUGUGCCUGCUUCUAUCAGUGCUUGGGAUUGUCAUUCUUGUUGUGGCAAUAUAUAUGUUGAUUAAGUAUCUGUAAAUGCAAAAGAACAAGUGCUUUGGAGUGUGUACGAAAAGUGUGCGUAUGAGAUCUUGAACAUCUCCUUCUGUUUCCUCACGUGUAAUCGAUGUUUUCGUGAUUGUGCUCACAUCAGUGUGUUGAGACAGCUAUCUCGUCUUUUUUCUCCACUCAAUAUGUUUUCAUAUGUAAAAAAGACAUCGAAAGCAUUUUCCAAAGUCGAUCUGUAUUUGAGUGAAAUUAGUGUGAGUUGCAAUUGUCAUGAACCAGAGAAGACUCGGGCGAAAAAAGUGUUAUACUUUCGAAACUUACACCUUUGUAUGUUUGCUUGUGAUAUUGGAAGCUAGACGUUGCAUUGUUGAACAAACACAA